AUGGGUCCCUUGGCGUUACCCUUGUCGACCGGCAAACGCUCUCUCAGAUCCAGACGCGAUAGGAAUGUCUUCGCUUCCGUCGCUUAUGGCCAGAUCUCCGGCAGAAGUAUUAAGAGCAUCCGUCGUCUUCCGAAGCCUCUUUAUCAAAGGCUCUACGCGUUGUCUCAUGGCAUGGCUGGCUUAUGCAAGGAUGUCGAAUCGCAUUUUUUGGCGAACGAUCUAGAAGCGUGCAGAAGUGUGAUUGGCCGGAUCUUCCGCAACAUCGGGGAGUCUUCGAGUAGCAACCAGCAGAGCAGCCGUGACUGGUUCGUUUACUGCGGAGGUGACACCCUCUUCAUCCGCAUUCUCUCCUCGCCGUUCGCGAAUUCUCGCGAAACAGGUCGCGAAGGAAGCUCCACGGCACUUACCGCGGGAGCAGCAGCGGGAUCUGACGGAGGGGGAAGGGUUGGGGGGGGAUCGCGGAACCGCCGUGGGAUUUUCCGCACGGAGAGCGCGGAGGGAUCGCGGGAGUCGGGGACGCUACGAGAGGGGGAGACGUCGCGCGAGGAGACGGCGCUGUGGAUGAUGCGCAACGACUGCCUGGCGGUGCUGCGCGAGAUGUGCUUCGCGUCCGCGUGCUUCUCCGAGGGGCUGUCCGUGCAGCGCCAGUUCCUCAUCCGCCUCUUCGCGCUCAUGGAGAAUAAGAUCACAUUCGACUACGCCGUCGCGCUAGCGGAGGAGAUCCUGGCGGUGGGGGAGGAGACGCUGAAUCUGGGGUCGGUGCCCAACUUCGCGCGCCUGGUGCGCGGGCUGUCGGCGCGGCAGCUCUCCUUCUUCUGCCGCGUGCUCGCCAUGGUCGUCUUCGAACCCGAGGACCGCGCGCCCGAGGUCUCCGCGCUGCAGAAGGGCGCGGACCCGGCGGAGCGCGCGGAGCGGGAGGCGGAGUGGGCGGUGGCGGACGGCAACCACGACGUUCUGCUGGCCAUCCCCGACAUCCUCGCCAACCUCGUCAAGCUGCUGCAGAUGGAGAGCAGCGGCGAGGCGGACCUGUGGUCGCCCAGCCUGAGCGAGUGGCAGCCGCUGCUGGGCGACCUCAUGGCUGGGGAAGACGAGACCGCUGCCGACUGGGGGCCUGAAGAGGACGACGAAGAGGACUAUAACGAGGACGGGGAGGAGUACGAGGAAGAAGAGGAGCAGGAGGAGGAUGAGGAGGUGGAGGAGGAGGUUGAGGAGGUGGAGGAGGAGGUUGAUAUGGAGGGUGAGUUGCUGGAGGAGGACGAGGAUGUGGAGGCAGAGGCAGAGGGGGAGGGAGAGGGAGAGGAGGGGGAGGAAGGGGAAGGGUCUGGGUUCUACGAGGAUGUUGAGGAGGAGAUCGCAGGGGAGGACGACGAGGAGGAGGGCGGAGAAGGGGAGGAGAGACGGGAAGAGGGGGGAGUAGAGGAGGGGGAGGAAGUGCACGGAGGGGGGAGCAGGAGUGGGGGCGAGCGGCAGGGGACCAGGUUGGGGAGGCUUUUGGGUGGAGGAGAUGGUGUGGAGAGGUCGGGAGGUGCGAGAGAGAGGAGGGAGAGCGCGGGUGGGGGUGCGGCUGCGGGCGCGAUUCAUUUCAUCCAGGGCUUGUUCGGCUGGGGGACCGGCGAUGCUGGUACCAGCACCCAUAGCACUGGCGGUGGCAGUGGCGGUAAUGGGGGAGGGAGGGAGGCGGAAGGAAGUGGGGGGGGCAGAGGCGCGGCACAAGGUGCUUCGGAGAGCGCUGGCGCAGUGGGGGGCGGCGGAGAUGGCGGGGCGGAGGCCUCUGGCGCGGCAGCCAGGCAGGCGGGCAGGGGAAAUCUCUGGGGAGGGUUUGGGCUGUUUGGGGGCAUAGGGGGACUUCGUCCAGGGGGAACAGGCGGAGGAGGAGGAGCAGCGCGGGAGGGAAGAGGAGGCGCAGGGGAAGGAGGUGAGGAGCAGGAGCCUGGUCCGGAUGGCGGUGGUGGUGCUGUGGCUGUGAGUCAACGGCGAACUGGUGCUGCUGUGCCUGUGGCAGGAGUGGCACCACGCGGAGCAGCAGAUACCACCCGAGGGCCCUUCUCCCCGCGCUCGCCGCCUGUUGCCGCUCCUCCGCCCCGCAUGCCACCCCUGCUUCCCCCCUCCCCCCAUGCCGCUGUGCUGCCCUUCUCCCCCCAUCCUACCCUCCUUACAGGAACCUCCACCUCACCGCCUCGACCGCCCCCCAACCGCACUCCACCCACUGCAACCCAACCGGGAGCGCUUCCCCAAGUGAAUACUACAGGCAUUCCAAUGACCGCCAAUCCCCUGAACCUGCUCCCACUCACCGCGCCUGCCAACCCCGCCGCUGCUGCAACCGCCGCGGAGGCAGCAGGAGCGGGCAUCCCCGCGGGCGCGCGGGUGAUGGUGUUCGUGGGGAACCCGCCGCGCCUGCUGGGGGAGGUGCCCGAGGGCGAGCUGGAGCCCUUCCUGCGCGCGCUGCCCCAGGGCGCCGUUACUGUCCUGAGGGCUGGCGAAAUCGGGUUACCAGAGGGCGCGGGGCCUGCUGCUGUGGCGACGAACAUGGCUGCUUCGUUCAUGGAGCAGCAGGUGAGCGGUGGGGAGCAGCAGGUGGAGGUGUUAUUCGUGCUGUGUGCGCUGUGCGGGGGCAAGCGCAAGGAGGCGGUGCAGGACCAGCUGGCGGCGCUGGGGCUGGUGGGCAUCCUCGUGGACUCGUUUGACCGCCUCAACUGGUCCGCCCCGCUGCCGCCGCCCGCUGAGCCCCAUGGCAUCCACGGCCCCGGCUGCUCCUGCAACCCCGAGUCGGCCCUGAAGAUCCAGUACCUGCGUCUCAUUCACAACUUCUGUGACCGGGACGGCCCCAACCUGCACAACAAGCUGCUGCUCGCCUCGCCCGGUGGUGUACCACCGCCCCUCGCUGCUGGUACCCCACCCCUGAUUGCUGCCCCGGGUAUCGCUGCAAGUGCAAGCACCCUUGGAAGCAUGCCUGCUGGUGGUGUUGCUGCUGGUGGUGCUGGUGGUGGGGCGACCAUCAGUGGUGGCAGCAGCAGCUCCAGCGGCAGCAGCGGGGGUGUGGAUGGGAGGGCCGUGGGAGUGGGCGCCAGCAGAGGAGAGGGAAGCAGCGCGCAAGCAGCAGCAUGUGCAACAGAAGCAGCAGCAGCAGCGGGAGCAGGUGGGGUGGUGGAGGGCGGGGCGGGCGAGGAGGGGAAGAACGAGGCGUUGAUGCUGAAGAUCAUCCGAGUGCUCAUGAAGGAGUCCGCCGACUCCGUGUACCGCUUCUGGCUCGCCUCCUGUGUCGAGGCGUUUCUCCGAGGCUCCAACCCGCGUGACCAGCAGCUGGUCGCGGCCACAGGCCUCAUGGAGCACCUCGUGGAGGAGAUUCUCCGAGGGGCGUCGGGCUUUAAGUGCGCGGCGUCCCUGCAGAUCGACUUUGACCUGCUGGGCGAGCUCGUCAAGUUCAACCCGGUGUUGUUCCGGCGGCUGGCGGCGCUGGUGCAGGGCGAGCGGUUUGCGCGGUUCAUCGAGGUGCUGGUGGCGCACCUGGUGGACUCCAACGUCUUCAUCCGCUCCGUCAUGCUCUCCCUCCACGCCUUCCGCACCGCCCUCCCCACCCCGCCCUACCUCGGCCCCUGCCCCACGCCUGCGCUCCCCCCUCCUGUGCUGUCCCCCGCCAUCCCAUCCACGUCCGCUGCGCCGUCGCUAGCAUCGUCCUCCUCAAGCCCUGCGCCUGACCUGCGGUCCUCUUCAGCUGCUGCUGCUGCUGCUUGUGGGGAAGAGGAGGCAAAGAAGGAGUCGAGAGUUGCUGCUGACGGUACUGAUGCUGAUGCUGGUGGCGGCGGGAGUGGUGGUGAUGGGGAUGGUGGCGAUGCCAACAGCAGCUCAGGCGAGGGCACAGAGAGAAGGGGCAGGGAGAGGGAAGAGGAGUCGGCUCUCAAGGGCACACCCCGUAGUGCAUCACCACGUGGGGUCGCUGAAGCAUCGUCAGCAGCAGAGGCGGCUGCAGACAGGAAGGGGAAAAAGAAGGUGGAGGAAGGGGGAAGGAGUGCGGAGAGAGGAAGUGCAUGGGAGGCGAAGGGGAAGGCAAAGGGGAAGGGGGUGAUGGGGGAGGGGUCGGCGGUGGUGGGGGAGGAGGAGGAGGAGUUGGCAUCGCCCCUGGCGGCGUUCAUGGAGUGCAACUCGGUGCUGCUGCUGCGCGACCUCAUGCUCGUCGUGCGCCUGGGCGACAUCAACCAGGACAACAUCUGUGUGCUCAACACGGCACUCAUCUUCUUCAUCUUCGCCAAUCGCAACGCGCAGCUCCUCUCUCUGCUCUCCGCCCUCCGAGCCGCCGACAAGGCCCAGCCUGCAUCACUUGCCGCUUCCACCACCCUCCUCCAACCCUCCUCCCCUUCCUCUCCUGCUAACCCGUCCUCCCCUUCUCCACCCUCCUCGCCCUCCUCGCCCUCCUCACGCUCACCCUCUUUUUUCUCCAAGCCUCCGUCCUCUGCUCUCAUCAACCCCUCUCUGCUGCCUGACCCGGUUUCUUCCAACUCUGAAGAUUUGUCCACCGGGGUCGGCCCGGGCAGCGUGAUGAAAAACUUUCGGGCGCUGCUGGACUUUUGGCGGGAGUAUUAUCUGAGGAAGAGGGGCAGGGACUGUGCCAGCCUGCAGUUCUCCACCAACAUUCCCUUCACCGAGUGGCUCCGAGUGGUGGAGAUGCUUUGUGCCUCGCCCGACUGCCCGACCUCGCUUCUGUACUGCCCGCCUCUGCCCGCUAGUGGCUCGCAGUGCUCCUCUGUUGGCCUCAGGGUUGACCCCCCUCCCCGACGGUGCUGA